AUGACUUCCGUCACGACAAAUCUUCCUCUACAAUAUCAACGCGAAAUAUUAAAUGAACUUUUAGCUGAAGAUGGUUUCUUGAUUCUUAGUCGUGGCUUAGGCUUAAGACGUAUAAUAUGUGCGCUCCUUAAAAUAUACUCUCAUACAAGUCAUUUGGUAAUUUUGUUAAAUACUCCCGCAAAUGAGGAAAUUAUUAUAAAGGAAGAACUUGCAGAAAUGGGCGUUAGAAAGCCUGGCCUGAGAGUUGUGAAUAAUGAAAUGGGUACCAAAGAGAGAUCUGAAUUAUAUCUCUCAGGUGGUAUCAUAUCGAUCACUUCUCGAAUUCUUAUAGUGGACCUAUUGACAAAACGAAUUCCUUCGUAUCUUAUUACUGGAAUAUUAGUGAACCAUGCAGAGAGGGUAAAUGAAACGUCAAUAGAAGCAUUCAUAUUGAGGGUAUAUAAAGAGGAAAAUCAGGCGUGUAAUCUUUUAUGUGAAGGAUUUAUUAAAGCAUUUUCAGACUCUCCUGAAUCCUUUACUGGUUUUUCACCAUUACAAACGACUUGCCUUGAAGAGCGAAAGGUUGAAGCGACUGAAUUAUAUCAACAUUUAUCUAAUUCAAUGAAUGAUAUACAAUCAGCUAUCCUUGAGUGUAUUGAAGCUUGUGUAGCAGAACUUAGAAAGACAAAUAUUGCUUGGUUAGACAUCGAGGAUUUAACUGUAGAGCAAGCUUUUUUUAGAUCUUUUGAUCAUAUAAUAAGACAACAACUCGAUCCAGUGUGGCAUCGUGUUGGGCAGAAGACAAAGCUGCUGAUCGGCGAUUUGACAAUAUUACGAAAGUUACUCACUUUUUUGGAAACUAUACUAGCGAGUCAAACGCCAUCAUCUACACUGAGCCAGCAGCAACAAUCAUCAUGGAUAUUUAUGGACGCUGGAAACACUAUAUUCUCUGUGUGGCCAAAAGUCGCGUAUAUCUUAGAGAAACUCAAAGGAACACUGCAUCCACCAGGGAUUGUACCAGUGUUGGAAGAAUUACCGAAAUGGGGGUUGCUGGCCGAUAUAGUUAAUGAGAUAGAACUCGAAAUUGAGUCGUUAUCAGGCCUCCCACCUUCUGUUGAAGAAGAAUCGAAUAAUAUUAUUUUGAUAAUGGCUGAAAAUGAGCGCGAAUGUUCUCAAUUACGUGAAUAUCUUUCUACGAUGCAUAAAGGAUUAGAAGAAGGUCAAGGACGGGGCGGGCCUUUGUUACGACGAUUGCUGCAGAAUUAUUUCAAAUGGAAAGGUGAUAUUGUCAAAGUAAGCGAAAAUUUGUUUAAUCCAUCAAAAGAUUCUGCUCAAAGUGAAGAUAAUCAAGAGAGUAAUAAUCAAACGGCAACAUCUUCAGGUAUUUGUAAUCGACAAUAUCAACGUGGACAACAGCCACCUAGCAAACGAAGGCGUGUUCGUGGAGGAUCAAUAGCUGCUGCUGCGUCGUCAACGCGAACCACUGUCUCGAUAAUUGAAGAAGAAGCCAAAGAAAUAGCAAAUUUCUCCGUACAAAAGGAAGCUCCAAAAACUAGUGGGAUGUAUGAUGAUGAUGAAUUUGAUGCCAAAGCGUUUUCAACAUACUUUGGACUUCUUCCAUUGCAAUCUUUAGUUAUUAUUCGACCAAUUUCUGGAGAUGAUGACAGAAUGUUAGAGGCGCUAAAGCCUAAAUAUAUAAUUAUCUAUCACCCAGAUCAAGGAUUUGUUAGGCGCGUAGAGACAUUCCGCGCAGUACAUCCCGGAAUAUCAUGCAAAGUAUAUUUCAUGAUUUACAAAAAUUCGGUAGAAGAACAACGAUAUUUAAGCGCCAUACGAAAAGAAAAAGAAGCUUUUGAAAAAUUGAUUUAUGAAAAAUCUAUAAUGGCAAUUCCUUUAGGCAAACCAAGAAUUAUUUCGCGUAAUCCAGAUGAUAUGUUUUUGAGGACAACUAAUACUCGUAUAGCAGGUGGAAGAGAAAUUGUUCAGCCAGUUGCACAUAAGAUUGUAGUAGACAUUCGAGAAUUUCGUAGCAGUUUACCAUCGCUUCUUCAUGCACACGGAGUAGAAAUUCUUCCAUGUACAUUAAAAGUUGGUGAUUAUAUUUUAUCACCAGAUAUUUGUGUCGAGAGAAAAUCAAUCUCUGACUUAAUUGGAAGUUUUGUCUCGGGAAGACUAUAUACACAAUGCGAAACCAUGUCAAUAUACUAUAAACAACCCGUGUUAUUAAUUGAGUUUGAACAAAAUCAAACGUUUACACUUCAAGCAAUAAAUGAUUUAAAGUCUGACAUCAACAUAAACGAUAUUUCUUCAAAACUAGUGUUGCUUACUUUGACAUUUCCUCGUGUAAAAGUAAUUUGGUCUUCAAGUCCUCACGCAACUGUCCAAAUAUUUGAAGAUUUAAAGGAAUUGCGUGGUGAGCCUGACCUUGAAACUGCACAGUCUAUCGGGGUAGAAAAUGAGGAUUUCCCAGACUCUAACUUGUCACCACAGGAUAUCCUUCGCACGCUGCCCGGGAUAACAGCGAAAAACUAUAAACAUGUUAUGUCAAAAGUUGAAAAUUUACGUGAACUAACCGAAUUAUCUUUAAGAGAGUUGCAAAUUUUAAUCGGUGUUGAAAAUGGCAAAAAAUUAUAUGAAUUCCUCGAAAGAAAUGUUAAAAUAUAA